AUGACAGACGGGGACGAUGCAGAAAUUGAACCGGGCACAACGCUGCCUGUACCUCCAUCGCUUGACGGCAUUAGCCCGACCUCAGGGGGUGAUGAUGUAGAGGGCGACGGUUAUCCAUUUGGCGACAGAGAAGAUUUGUUUGCUGGUGAUCUCAGCCCGUGCCAGCCGGGUUGCGAUGAUGAUGACCUGGAAGGUAACAAGUCAGAUUCAGGGCCUUGGAACAGCCAAGACCAAGACACCCUCGCCCAAGACGCAGCCCCUGCGAGGAAAGACCAAGUCCUUCGAGGGCGUUUUCUUAGUGACGCAGAGUCCAAGGUUCUUGAUUCAAUGGUAAACCAAGCCAUGCUUAGUGCAUCACUGGAUGACGGGUUGCAAUUACCUUGGGAAACAGGGGUCAUGGCCUCGAUUUUUGGGGACGCUCCCUUAGCCUCGAUGCCGAGCAUCCCUUCUCUUGCCCAUAGCAUGGAUGACAGAAAAGUUCUUCCAAGCAAAGAUCAACCAAGUUCCGUCGAGCCUCAACCAAAACGCCAAAGGGUGCUCAACUCCACGUUGAGAAUGUUUGAACGGGCCAUCCAAUUCAAGAACGUCCUGACAGACCAUGAUGCGGACGAGGUCAAGUGGAAUCGAGCCUUGGAGAAGCUCUACACUGUGAUGAUAUCGAGCCCUGGAACUGUGCCAGAAGGCGUGAGAUUCAAGGAAGGGCACAUGGACCUCAACUUGAAGCAAAUUCGAAUCCUUUGCGGAUCAAGGAGCCCAAACACCGUUGCCAAGAGAGCGACCAGCUUGAUGAAAUACUGCAUCUGGCACCGGGGCUUCUUUUACAGACGGAACCCCUUGCCCCUAGACUCAGAGGAAGUAGCAGAGUACAUAUGGGAGAAACAUCAAGACGGAAUGGCCUACAGUGCCAUGGUGAGCUUUGUGGAAGCGGCAAACUUUGCCGUGCAUGUGCUGGGAAUCCCUCUCAAGCGCCCCAAUGCGCCCUUGGUCACUGCUUUCACGAAAGGGAUACUGGACAAGACUUCCACCAACAGACCUGGACGCAAGCAAGCGAGACCACUUAAGGUGGUCGAAGUGGUGCAUUCGGAAGAUACACUGAACAACGAGAGCCUCGAUCUAUUUGACAGAUAUGCUGCAGGGGCUUUCUUGUUUGCAGUCUAUGCCAGGUGCCGUUGGUCAGACUUGAGAAGCGUCAAUGGUUGCGAACUGGAUGUGGAUGUCUCCAACGAUAGGCUGGUGGGCUUCAUUAGCUUCAACACCUUUUCGCACAAGACCGCAUCACAAGUUGCAAAGCAUGGUCUUCCCAUGCCCCUCAUUGCUCCAAUAUGGGGUCUGGGCAACCCACCAUGGGCGAUGACUUGGAAGAAGGAAGCGGUAUCCCUAGACUUUGCCAACUUUGCAAAAGGAGCAAUCCUCCCGGCUCCCGAUGUUUCCGGGAAGUGGACACAUCGCAGUGUCACGUCGGUGGAGGCGACAAGGUGGCUGCUUGAGCUUCUCAAACCCUUCACCAGCGACUUAGAGGAUGUGUCAUCACACAGUUUAAAAGCAACUACGUUGUCAUGGCUUGCAAAAGCUGGAUGCGAUCCGCACCGCAGAACGGUGCUUGGACACCACUCCUCAGGGAAGGGAUCGUUAGAGGUCUACUCCCGCGACAUGUUGUCAGCACCCUUGAGAACACUGGAGGAAGCAUUGCGGCAGAUCCGUAUAGGGGCCCUUUGCCCCGACCUGACAAGGUCAGGACACAUCAAGGAGCCUUCCAAGCCAGACUGCAAAGACGCACCAGUGAAGGAGACGGAAGGCGAGUCGGCAGACGAACAACGGCUGAUCGCCGUAGGAGGAGCCGCAGACAGCGACUCCUGCACAUUCAAAUGUGGCAUGAAGGCUACUGCCGAGCAUAAGUUGAUUGUUAGCACUGCAUUUCUGGAAAGCCGCAAAUGCAAGAGAUUCAUUAAGCGCAAAGGACGCUACAAUCCGCCCUUUUUGCGGACAGAUCUCAAACCUGAUGGCUUGCCCAAUUUGAGUCCUUUGCGCUCUUCCAAAGUUGCAUCCGCCAACCUUUUGUACCAACGCACCCAGGAAUUGAAACAGCUUAUCCCUGGCAGCUGUGUCGGACCCUUGAAAGAAGCAAUAUCCUUUUGCACCAGGCACUCGGAAGACCAUGUAGCCACCUCGAGAUCCGAGAUGCUCAGAUCCAUGAUAGCGGAAGCUAAAGCAUUGGCCGCGGAAGAAGCCAAACUCAAAGACACCAUGACUGAAAGACGGAAAAUGGUUCUGGACAAGAAACGCCUGCUGCUUUUCAAGUCUCUGCUCGAGCGUGCACAAUCCCCUGAUGUGUGCCUGGUGGAUGAUAUAGCCGAAGGGUUUGAUUUGACUGGGAAACUGCCUGCCUCCAACCACUUUGCAGCUAAGUUCAAGCCGGCCAAUAUUCCCCCAGAAGCGCUAAGGGGAAUUGCGGACCGAGCCAGAAAGGUCCUCUUGGAGAGCGUGAAAAGUUCUGGUGACCAAGUCAUUGACGACGGGGUGUAUGAAGCCACAAUGAAAGAAAGAGAGAAGAGCUUCAAAAGAGGACCAAUCAAUGUUGAGGACGUGCCUUCUGGAGGGACAUUAACCCGUCGAUUUGGGGUCUUCCAAAGGGACAAAGUUCGCCCAAUUGAUGACUACAAAGCAAGUCUUGUCAAUUCAUCGGUGACACAAACUGAAGUCGUGACACUCCACGGUGUAGACCACAUAGCAGGCAUGGGCGCAGCUAUUAUCAGGUCACUGGUGAGCCACGGACAUCACGAUGCUUUGGUGGCCAAAUGCUGGGAUCUUGCAGCCGCAUACAAACAAAUCCCCCUAUCAGACGAAGCAUAUGAGUUAGACUCGUACAUAGUCGUGUUCAACCCUGGCACCGGCAGCCCAGAAGUUUUCCAACAAGCUGUUUUACCCUUCGGAUCCGUAGCUUCAGUGACUGCAUUUUUGCGUUGCGCUAUGGGUCUGUGGAUAAUUGGUUGCAGGUUAUUGAAACUGGCCUGGACCUCAUACUUUGACGAUUUCCUAAGCCUCACCACUACUGGUUUGUCGAGGCACACGGACCUUUGUAUAUCCACGUUCUUCCACUUGAUGGGAUGGGACCUUUCCACAGACAAGCUCCUGCCCUAUGCCGAGUGCUGCAAAGUUUUGGGGGUGGAGCUCGUUUUGACCAAGACUCCACUAGGCUCCUUUGAUGUGCGCAACACUCAGUCCAGAGCAGAUGAACUCAUCUCGAGCAUCUCCGAGAUCUUGAAAGCCGGGUACCUUUCUAAGCCAGACGGUGAGAAAUUACGUGGACGUUUGCAGUUUGCAUCAAAUCAGCUCUUCGGGCGUAGGUCAGUUGGAGCUGGACACACAAACUGGUUCCACCUAUAUGUUGAUGCGUCAUUUGAACCCACUGGCUCCUCGGGUAUAGGUGGACUACUUUUGGAACCGUUGGGGACUUGCAUUGGCUGUUUCAGUGAGAUCGUGAACACAGAUCUGCUCGAGGCCAUCAUGAGGCCAGAUCAGGAGACGCCCAUCAUGGAACUUGAAGCACUUGCAAUAUACGUUGGCGUCAGUCUGUUUAAAGACCUGAUCAAUGACACCAGACUUGUAGUCUUCACUGACAAUCAAAGUGCACAAGCAUCGGUUGUUAAAUGCAAGUCCAACAACCACAAUGUUGACCUCAUUAUCCGCGGCAUUUGUUCCCUGGAGGAAAAGCUCAACACGGUAUGCUGGUCGAAAGAGUACCGAGCUACUCGAACCCAGCUGAUGUUUUGUCAAGAGAAGAAACAUUCACCUACAAAGGUGUCAACAGAUCACGAAUGGAUCUUUUACAAGCCUGGAAAAGAUGUCAGACGGAGAGCACUCCCAGCCUCCAUUCUGGGGGAGGACGCGCUGAUUGAGACUUUUGAGCCCCAGUGUCAAAAAGAAGACGUGGCGACGCCACAGAUGUUCGACAUCAGCAGUGAUUUGGACGGCGAGUCCGAGGAGCCGGUUUUGCCGGAGAUGCCCUUCGCUCCCCCUGAGGGGGAUUACGGCGACGACAGUGAGACGACGGAGAACCUAGAGCAGUUCGGACACGAGCAGGGCAGGGAUACAUUGGUAUCUACUUCUGGCUCCAGUGGAUCUUCGUAUCAGGAGCCGGUUUUGCCGGAGAUGCCCUUCGCUCCCCCUGAGGGGGAUUACGGCGACGACAGUGAGACGACGGAGAACCUAGAGCAGUUCGGACACGAGCAGGGCAGGGAUACAUUGGUAUCUACUUCUGGCUUCAGUGGAUCUUCGUAUCAGGUACGAAGACCAUGUGUAUGGAUUCACGGCAUUCCAUUUGAAGCGAAGACCGAGGACUUUGACACUGGGUGGGAGUACCUCUAUGACGGUCUGGUUUGCCCUGAGGCAGAGACAAUCACGAAAGUUCAGGAAGCAAGGCAUGAUGCAAGGCUGGCCGAGGACACUCUCUGUCCUCAGAUAUUUCUUCAUCUCCUCGGCUUCCUACCUGUGACCGAAGUGUUAGAGUACAACCUUCAAGCAGUGUCACGCAACUUUUCAAGUCGCGAGGUUUGGAUGACCCACUUGUUCAACUUGAUGGAUUUCGAUUCAUUCCAGCCUGUCACUGGCAUUCCGACGGCCCCUGUGUGGCAUCCAAUUGAAGAGUUUUCGGCUUGUUUCCGCAUUGCUGCCAAGUGCACAGACCAGUCUUUGUCCACCAGAGAGAGAAUUACUUCUCCUCCUGUAGCGCGAUUUCGCGCCGAAGCUUCAGAAGGCUUCCAAGGCUGCUUCCAAGCCUUAUGCGGCCCGUGGGCUAAGAAGCUCCAAGGCAAUUAUCUUGCACAUGUCAAGUUGGUGAGGAAGAAGGGGGACGCUCGUUUCUUAGGAGACCGUUGA